AUGCUUCUGGCUUUGUAUUCUCUUUUGGCAUUUCUAGUUGCAUCCCUGGGCAAAGUCGCCCGAGGGAUUGAUAUCUCAGGCAGCGGAGAAUCCUUAUCUUCCUUGGAACUAAAUGUUCUUCAAAACAAAUUCGCAUCCUACUACACAAACAAUAGUAUUAGUGUAAAAGGUAUCACAAUCGGUGGCUGGUUGGUUACAGAGCCUUACAUCACGCCAUCGUUGUACCGUAAUGCAACCCUACUGGCAAAACAACAAAACUCCUCCCGAAAUAUCUCCAUAAUCGAUGAAUUUACUCUUUGUAAGACCUUAGGUUAUAAUACUUCUACAACCUUGUUAGACGGUCAUUUUAAAACAUGGAUAACAGAGGAUGAUUUCAAACAAAUUCAAGCCAACGGUUUUAAUUUAGUUAGAAUCCCUAUUGGAUAUUGGGCAUGGAAACAAAACGCUGCCGAAAACCUUUACGUUGAUAACAUAACCUACAAGGAUCCGUAUAUAAGUGAUGGAUUACAGCUCAAAUAUUUAAAUCAAGCUCUAGAGUGGGCACAAAAGUACGAGCUAAACGUUUGGAUAGAUUUACAUGGUGUUCCCGGAUCACAAAAUGGGUUCGACAACUCAGGGCAGAGAAUACUUUAUGGUGAUUUGGGCUGGUUAAGAUCAAACGAUACUCGAAAACUAACUCUAGCAGUUUGGAAGAAAAUGUUUGAAACUUUCUUAAAUGGUGGUGACAAAAGCCCCGUGGUGGGUCUUGAAAUCGUCAAUGAGCCGCUCGGUGGUAAGAUUGAUAUGUCAAAUAUAACACAGAUGUACUAUGAAGCAUUUGACUUAUUCAAGGAAAACCAAGAUUCGGGUGACAACACAACUUUUGUUAUCCAUGAUGCUUUUCAAGGCAUCGGCAAUUGGAAUUUAGAACUGAAUCCGAAUUACCGCAAUGUUUCAGACCACUAUUUCAAUUUGACUAAAGCGAAUUAUAGCUCUCAAGAUAUUCUAGUCGACCAUCAUCAUUACGAGGUCUUUACAGAUUACCAGCUGGCCGAAACUCAAUUUUCACGUAUCGAAAACAUUAUAAAUUAUGGGAAUUCCAUACACAAAGAGCUUCCUUACCAUUCUGCAGUAGUCGGGGAAUGGUCGGGUGCCAUUACCGAUUGCGCCACCUGGUUGAAUGGUGUGGGCGUGGGUGCACGAUAUGAUGGCUCCUAUUAUAAUACGACACUGUUCACCACCGACAGUAAACCAGCUGGUACGUGUGCCUCACAAAAACCCUUAAGCGAUUGGACAGAAGAUUACCGUAAUCGUGUCAGGCAAUUCAUCGAAGCACAAUUGGCCACCUAUUCAACAAAGACGACUGGAUGGAUAUUUUGGAAUUGGAAAACAGAAGAUGCUGUGGAAUGGGAUUAUUUGAAGUUAAAAGACGCAGAACUGUUCCCUUCGCCCUUUGAUAAUUAUACAUACUUUAAAACAGAUGGUUCCAUGAAGGAAGGUUUUUCAUCCUCUUUAUCUACACAAGCAUUCCCAAUAAGUACAACUUCCAUCCCAUUCUCUACUACAACCACCUCCAGGAAAAGUAAAAAUUUCGCAAGUUCUACUAAGCUGAAAGCGAGAACGUCACUAUCAAUUGAUAGUAUGAGUUCUAUAUGGAAAGAAUGUAUAUGCAUAUCCAUUGUCGCAAUUAUUACCUUCUGUGCUAUUUUGUGA